CAGGUUGCAAGUUGCAAGCGUCAAACGUCUCUAGAUAUUUAUGCGUUAUGAUUCAGAGAAGAUUGACAGACCUGACAAUUUGACACUUGUAUUUGACAUGUAUAAGAAAUUGAAUUAAACAUAAAGACUGAUAAAGGAUAAAGGAGCGAUCGUAUAUAUCAGUAUACAACUAUACACGAUGACGACGCAAGAGGUGAGGAGAUUGAAGAAAAAAAGUGCGCAGAAAGAAAGUGUAGCUCAGGAGGAAAACAAAGCGGAAAAACCGAGCGAAUCGGUUAAGUCGAAAUAUGGACCUAUUGUAACGUUUCCCUAUCAGAGAGUAUGGUCCAGAUGCGUUCUGAUACUUGGAGUCUUGCUAAUAGUUUGGUAUAAUAACAGACAGGGCAAAGAAGUAUAUCUAGCAAAACAAAAAGACGUAUUGGUAAGUCGUACACAGAACGUUGACUGCUCUAUGGAUUAUAGAGACAAGUUAGAAAAAUACCCUGGCUGUGUACCAGAAAAAUGCGGCAGAGUUGUAACUGACAAACUCGUCUCGACAACAGAGGCAGAUGUUUUACUGAAACUAGCAAAAAGUGGAUUAGAUUUGGCUGGAUCUGAUGGUGGCGCGAGUAUCCUGGAUCUUCAUUCUGGCGCUCUUAGCAAGGGCCAGGGUUUUAUCAAUAUCUAUAAACAACCAGAAGCAAAGAAAAUAUUCAACAGCGUGGAUUCAGCAAUUUAUAAGGUAGUGAAAACGAAAAUACAACAUGCGGUGGCACAUAAUUUCGGCAUAGAUACAAAUAAGAUCUAUUUAACUAAACCUACUUUCUUCUCGCGAAUGACUAAUAAACCUGCGAAAACCAUACACGACGAAUACUGGCAUCCACAUAUCGAUAAGGAAACAUACGAAUCGUUUCAUUACACUUCAUUGUUGUAUUUAAGUGAUUAUAAUAAAGACUUCGAAGGCGGUCGAUUUAUAUUUAUGGACAAAAACGAUGUUAAUGCUACAGUAGAACCGAGAAAAGGCAGAGUAUCAAUUUUUACUUCAGGGAGCGAAAAUUUACAUUUAGUUGAGAAAGUGAAAUCUGGUACUCGUUACGCCUUGACCGUAUCUUUCACGUGCGAUAAGAACGCCGCGAUAUCAGAUCUGCGCUUUACCGAGACGUUAAAUUAAGAUUUUCUAUCUCAUUAAUAUUUUUCCAUAUUAUACAUAACAUAGAAUAUAGUGUCGAUGAUAUUUUCAUUCAUAAAUUGUUGAAUGCACAAUUGAACAGUAUUAUAAUAUUAUUGUAAAGAAAAAUAAGUGAAGUAUAUAUAUUAUUUUUGAAAAUGUAUUAGUA